AUGGCUGAAAAGCAUGGUCAAGAGACGUCCCUCCGAAGCAUCACUCGCGACGAGGUGGCCAAAAACAAUACUGAAGACUCGUUAUGGACGAUAGUAGACCACAAGGUCUACGAUCUGACCGACUUCCUUGAGGCUCAUCCUGGCGGUAACGUCGUCCUCCAGCAAUAUGCUGGGAAAGAUUCCACCACAGCCUUCUACAAUCUGCAUCGCCAUGAAGUCCUGCAAAAGUAUGCCGACCUCUGUAUCGGUCUUAUCGAAGGUGAAAAGUCAGAGGUCGUCGACAUGAAGCCCGGUGAUCUCUCGCCAGUGCCAUAUGCAGAGCCGAUAUGGUUGACACCCGCCUUCAAGAGUCCUUACUACAAAGAAAGUCAUCGACAGCUGAGACGCGAGCUACGGGUAUUUGUGGACGAGCAUGUCAAGCCCGAGGCACAAGAGAAAGAAGCAGACGGAACCUACAUCAGUCAAGAAUUGACCGACAAGAUGGCUGCAAAUAACCUGCUCGCUAUGCGCUUAGGCCCCGGCAAGCAUUUGCACGGAAAGAAGCUCCUUGGUGGAGUUAAAGGAGAGGAGUUUGACUACUUCCACGAUUUAGUCAUUGCCCAAGAAUUCGUGAGAGUGAAUUCGCGAGGUUUUCAAGACGGCGCUUUCGCCGGCAUGAUGAUCUCACUGACAGCUAUCCAACAGUGGUUGAACAACGACAGUCUCAAGCAGAAAGUCACUGACGAAUGCCUGUCUGGGAAGAAGUUCAUGUGUCUCGCAAUCACAGAAGCCUUCGCAGGUUCCGAUGUCGCCGGACUGAAAACAACCGCUGAAAAGACCCCAGACGGCAAGCACUACAUAAUCAACGGAACCAAGAAAUGGAUCACAAACGGCAUGUUUGCAGACUACUUCGUAACAGGCUGCAAAACAUCAAAAGGUUUCUCAGUCAUUCUCAUCCCCAAGGAAGGAAACGAAGACAACAUAACCGUCAAGCGCAUCAAGACCGCCUACUCAACCGCCGCAGCGACAACUUACAUCCAAUUCGAAAACGUCAAAGUCCCCAUCGACCAUCUCCUCGGCCGCGAAGACAAUGGCUUCAUCGUCAUAAUGUCCAACUUCAACCACGAACGCUGGAUGAUGGCCUGCGGCGUCACCAGGUGGAUGCGCACCGUAACCGAGGAGUGCAUGAAGUGGUCUAACCAGCGUCUUGUCUUUGGAAAGCCUCUCAAUCAGCAACCAGUCAUACGACAGAAGCUCGCAAAGAUGAUCAGUCUGACUGAGGCGUGUCAAGCACAACUCGAGAUUAUUACGUAUCAGAUGAACAACAUGACUUAUGCGCAGCAGAACAAGCUUCUAGGAGGACCUAUUGGGUUGUUGAAGAGCUAUGCGACGAGGUGUGCGCAUGAUAUCGCGGAUGAUGCGGUUAAUAUUUUCGGUGGUAGGGGUAUUACACAAGGUGGUAUGGGUAAGGUAGUGGAGCAGUUUCACAGGACGUACAAGUUCGAUGCUAUCCUGGGAGGCACAGAGGAGAUUCUGGCGGAUCUUGGCGUGAGGCAGGCGAUGAAGUUGAUGCCAAAGGCAAUGCUGUAG